GCUGAGUCUGCAGUGCCAGCUGGACGCCCCAGGGGAGGGGCACGUGGCCCUGGAAAAAGGGGAUCUUGAUUUCAAUACACCUGGGUGCACUUCACCCUCACCCUCCCAUCCCCAGAGUAUGGGGAUUAGUGACCCAUCUCAUGACCUCUAAGUGAUUAGAGCCAUGUGACCUCUGGAGGUCUUGGACUCGGUUCCCCUCUCCUGCAGCGUCUUGGGACCCUGACAUUUUAACCCUUCCAGCACCCCUCCCCAAAAAAAUCCCAUCUUCUGCAGACCGGAGAUGCAUUGAGGACUUCAACUCCCAGCAGCCCUUGCAGCUUUGAUCAGUCACCAGCCCCCCUUCUUGCCACCUGGCAAGCGUGGGGACCGGUCCGCAGCGGCUAGGCUCGUCCACCCUGCAACCCCCAUGGGCUACCGCCCCCCGCCUCCUCGGCUGCCACCCAAGACAAGGCAGGGAUAAGCACAGUGUAGGAUCACGUGGCCACUAUGUCUGGGGACUACGAAGAUGACCUCUGUCGGCGGGCCCUCAUCCUGGUCUCAGACCUCUGCGCACGGGUCCGAGAUGCUGAUACCAAUGACAGGUGUCAAGAGUUCAACGAACUGCGAAUCAGAGGAUAUCCCCGGGGUCCGGAUGCAGACAUUUCCGUGAGCCUGCUGUCAGUCAUCGUGACGUUCUGUGGCAUCGUCCUCUUGGGUGUCUCUCUCUUCGUGUCCUGGAAGUUGUGCUGGGUGCCCUGGAGGGACAAAGGGGGCUCAGCAGUGGGUGGUGGCCCCCUGCGCAAAGACUUAGCCCCUGGGGUUGGGCUGGCAGGCCUGGUAGGAGGUGGUGGGCACCAUCUGGGAGCCAGCCUAGGUGGCCAUCCCCUGCUGGGUGGUCCACACCAUCAUGCACACCCAGCCCACCAUCCACCAUUUGCUGAACUGCUGGAACCAGGUGGCCUUGGGGGCUCUGAGCCUCCAGAACCUUCCUACCUGGACAUGGACUCAUAUCCAGAGGCUGCUGUGGCCUCUGUGGUAGCUGCUGGGGUCAAACCAAGCCAGACAUCCCCUGAGCUGCCUUCUGAGGGUGGAACAGGCUCUGGGCUGCUCCUGCUGCCUCCCAGUGGUGGGGGCUUGCCCAGUGCCCAGUCUCAUCAGCAGGUCACAAGUCUAGCACCCACCACCAGGUACCCAGCCCUGCCUCGGCCCCUCACCCAGCAGACCCUGACCACCCAAGCAGACCCAAGCAGUGAGGAGCGACCACCUGCCCUGCCCUUACCCCUGCCGGGCGGAGAGGAGAAAGCCAAGCUCAUCGGUCAGAUCAAGCCAGAGCUAUACCAGGGCACUGGACCUGGUGGCCGGCGAGGCGGCGGGGGCUCUGGGGAGGCAGGGGCACCCUGUGGCCGCAUCAGUUUUGCCCUUCGGUACCUCUAUGGCUCUGACCAGCUCGUGGUGCGGAUCCUACAGGCCCUGGAUCUCCCAGCAAAGGACUCCAAUGGGUUCUCAGACCCCUAUGUCAAGAUCUACCUGUUGCCUGACCGCAAAAAGAAGUUCCAGACCAAGGUGCACAGGAAGACGCUGAACCCUAUCUUCAACGAGACGUUUCAGUUUUCGGUACCCUUGGCCGAGCUGGCGCAGCGCAAGCUGCACUUCAGUGUCUAUGACUUCGACCGAUUCUCGAGGCACGAUCUCAUCGGCCAGGUGGUUUUGGACAACCUGCUGGAGCUGGCUGAGCAGCCCCCUGACCGUCCACUCUGGAGGGACAUCCUGGAGGGUGGCUCGGAAAAGGCAGAUCUUGGGGAGCUCAACUUCUCACUCUGCUACCUCCCCACGGCCGGGCGCCUCACCGUGACCAUCAUCAAAGCCUCUAACCUCAAAGCAAUGGACCUCACUGGUUUCUCAGACCCCUACGUGAAGGCCUCUCUGAUCAGCGAGGGGCGGCGUCUGAAGAAACGGAAGACCUCCAUUAAGAAGAACACGCUGAACCCCACCUACAACGAGGCCCUGGUGUUCGACGUGGCUCCCGAGAGCGUGGAGAACGUGGGUCUCAGUAUCGCAGUGGUAGACUAUGACUGCAUCGGCCACAAUGAAGUGAUCGGGGUGUGCCGCGUGGGCCCAGAGGCCGCUGACCCACAUGGCAGAGAACACUGGGCAGAGAUGCUGGCUAACCCUCGCAAGCCUGUGGAGCACUGGCACCAGCUAGUGGAGGAGAAGACUCUAAGCAGCUUUACCAAGGGCGGCAAAGGAUUGUCAGAGAAAGAGAAUUCAGAGUGAGGGUCUGGUCUAGGCCUGGGAUUGGACCAGGCGCCCUCAGGACCCAUCCCUUCCUGCCCGGACUGUGAACUCAUCUCGAAGCCAUAAUGUCCGAGCUGCUGGUGCGGGGCGGCCUGGACCUGUUCCUCCUUAUCCUGGAGGUGUGAGGAUAGGAGGCAGCAGGCCCAGCUCCCUGUUUCAGGGUGGGAGGUUCUCGGCCUCCAUUGUCUGUCUUCUUAUCCCCAGAGUUCCCUCUAGAGGCAGGGGGCCAUGCAUGUCUGGGGACCCCUGCCCCCACCCUUCUGUCUGUCUCUCUGUCUGUCCCUUUGCUGUCGUCUAAGUCUUGCUGUUCUGGCCUGUGUCCUCACUGUGAAUGUCGACAGACCAAUCCUUGAUGUCCCCUGAACAGACACACCCUCCAGCGUCCACCCUUUCUGUCCCUCCAUCUGCGUCUGGCCGACCCCCCCUCUGCCGCUGCUAUCGUCACCAGAAAUAAACACACUCUGUGAGUCUCAUUCCA